AUGCCACCAUUUAUCUCUUCCCUCGCCCUCCGCACCCUGCGGACCUUAGCCCAGCGGCCUUCUCUCACAGCCAUCCCGGCAGUCUCGAGGCCAACCGUCUCCCGGUUUCAACCCAUCCUCCGCACACCCUCAGCCGUUACAGCAACAAGAGCCGCAGGCGCAGGCCCUAUCACCCGUCAUUUCUCCACCUCCCCCUUCCGCCAGGCAACCUACAACCAAGUCCGUCGCGGAUGCCGUGUAUCGCAGCGAGCGCGCCGCUCACGAUCCCCCGCGCUCAUUGGUAGGGCCCAGAUGAAGGGCGUCUGCCUGAAGACCGGUAUUACGAAGCCCAAGAAGCCCAACUCGGGUGAGAGGAAGACUGCAAGAGUACGGCUGAGCAGUGGGAAGGUAGUGACGGCGUAUAUUCCCGGUGAAGGUCACAAUGUUCAGCAGCACAGUGUGGUUCUCGUCCGUGGAGGUCGAGCCCAGGAUUGCCCUGGUGUUAAGUACCAUUUGGUCCGGGGAGCGAUGGAUCUGGGUGGCGUUGCGAGUCGGUUGACGAGCAGAUCGAAGUAUGGUACUAAGAAGCCCAAGAAGGAUUAG